CAGCUUUGAUGCAUCCGAGGAACAUGCAGGUGACAGCUUUAAAGCAUCCGAGGAACAUGCAGGUGACAGCUUUAAAGCAUCCGAGGAACAUGCAGGUGACAGCUUUAAUGCAUCCGAGGAACAUGCAGGUGACAGCUUUAAUGCAUCCGAAGAACAUGCAGGUGACAGCUUUAAAGCAUCCGAGGAACAUGCAGGUGACAGCUUUGAUGCAUCCGAAGAAGUUGCAGGUGACAGCUCCGAUGCCUAUGAGCGGCGUGCAGGUGACAGCUACGCUGCCUAUGAGAAACUUGCAGGUGACGAUGCGGUGCGUGGGUGUGUGUCUCGGUUGUUGCUGCUGCUAUUGGGUCUAUGGGGCUUAGUUGCCCUGUGUUGA